AUGUUGACCCGCUACAGCGACCCAGUGAUUAGCCAAAUUUGGACGACCGAAAACAAGUACCAAGUUUGGUUGCAAGUGGAAUUAACGGUUUUGGCUGCUCAAAGCCGUUUUGAACGUCUGAUCAGUGCUCAAGAGUUGGCCAAAAUUACUAGUCGUGCCCGGGUCAACCCGCUCAAAAUUGCCGAAAUCGAAAAACAAAUCGGUCACGACCUCGCCGCUUUUGUCGACCAAGUAUCGCAAACUCUCGGCCCAGAAAAAAGGUUUUUUCACUUUGGAUUAACAGCUAGCGACGUGGUUGACACCGCUUUGUCUUGCCAACUCAAACAAGUCAACGCCGAGUUGCGCACCAAAAUUAACCAACUGCUCAGCAAACUUAAGCAACUAGCGCUUCGUUACCAGAACACCUACCAAGUCGGUCGAACCCACGGCGUCCACGCCGAACCAACCACCUUUGGCUACAAAAUGGCGCUUUGGCACCAGGAAAUGCUCCGGCAACUAACGCGCUUUAAUUUAGCCGCUGAGCAAGUGGAAGUCGCCAAAAUAUCGGGCGCAGUCGGCAACUUCGCCCACCUUGAUCCGCGGGUUCAAAAAUUCGUGGCUCAAAAACUUGGCUUAACUCCGAGUCCAAUCGCCAGCCAAAUUCUUCAGCGCGAUCGCCACGCUUUUUACUUACAAACGCUUGCUUUGAUCGCUUCGUCGCUUGAUAAAUUUGCCGUCGAAAUUCGGCACUUACAACGCUCGGAAGUCGGAGAGGUCAGCGAAUCAUUUACGGCUGAUCAAAAAGGAUCGUCGGCCAUGCCCCACAAGCAAAACCCGAUUUUAAGCGAAAACAUCAGCGGACUAGCGCGGGUUAUGCGUGGUUACGCCCAGACCGGUCUAGAAAACGUUGUCCUUUGGCACGAGCGCGAUAUUUCCCACUCUUCGGCCGAGAGAAUCAUUUUGCCCGACGCGACAAACCUCUUAGCUUUUAUGUUGAAACGGAUGGAAAACAUCUUGACGAGCUUAGUCGUCAAAGAAGAUCAAAUGCUCGCCAACCUGGCCCGCAACCAAGAGGUCAUUUUUUCGCAGCGCGUUUUGCUUUACCUAAUUGAAAAAAAACUUUACCAGCGCGAUGCUGCUUACCGCCUAAUCCAAGUGCUAACCCAGAAAGCGCUGAGCGACAAAAUUAAGUUGAGCCAACUACUGCUGGAAAACAAGGUCUUAGACGCUGGUGAAGUAGAGCAACUUUUUGACUACCGCUACUACCUUCGUCGCAUUGACCAAGUUUACCGCCAACUUGCAGUUCAGACUGCUGGCUGGGAGGUCAGUUUGAAAGUUUUUGAUUUUGAAGACGUUCAACUUUUACCAAAACGUUGCAUUACCAACUCGCGGAGCGAAUGCGAUGCGAGCGUCAGUUUUGCUAACCACCGUUUCAAACUACCGAUCGUACCGGCGAACAUGAAAUCGAUAAUUAGCGAGGAGUUGGCGCUUGAAAUGGCUGAGCGCGGUUACUUUUACGUCAUGCACCGUUUUAACGUGGAUACGGUGCAGUUCGUCAAAAAGGCUCAAAAGCAAAAAUUAAUCGCUUCAAUUUCGAUCGGCGUUAAACCAGAGUGGUACGAAGUAAUUGACAAACUAGCUCAGCAAAAAUUAAUUCCGGAGUUUAUUACGAUUGACAUUGCCCAUGGCCACGCUAAUUCCAUGAAAAAAAUGAUCAAACACAUCCGCCUCAGAAUGGGUCAAAAACCGUUUGUGAUCGCUGGCAACAUCGCCACUCCCGAAGCGGUAGUCGAUUUAGAAAGAUGGGGCGCUGACGCUACCAAAGUCGGCGUCGGACCAGGACGAGUUUGCAUUACCCGCUUAAAAACUGGUUUUGGAACGGCUGGUUGGCAACUUUCAGCCAUCAAAUGACUUUCCAAAUCGGCCACCAAACCGAUCAUAGCCGACGGUGGAGUUCGUUACCCCGGCGACAUCGCCAAGGCGAUUCGCUUCGGAGCUACUUUUGUGAUGGUCGGGUCAAUUUUGGCCGGCCACAAAGAAUCGCCCACUCCGGUCAUUCAAGCCCAAGGCCAAAGUUACAAGGAGUACUACGGUUCAGCCUCUGAGUUUAACAAAGGCGAAAGACGCCACGUGGAAGGUAAAAAAGAACUUGUACCGCUCCGCGGUUCGAUUUGGGACACUUUCAAAGAAAUUGAACAAGAUCUCCAAUCGGCCAUUUCUUACGCGGGCGGUUUAAAACUGGCUGCGCUUAAGAAAGUCAGUUACAUCUUGCUCAAGAACAACGAAGGUUACUAG